AUGCUGGGAGUACGACCCCACAGCCCCGGCGCCGACCCCGAACCCUGCUGGGCACCGCAGCCACAAGGAACCAGCCCUGCCAAGCGCCGCCGCCUCCAAGAGCCAGAGGCGCCAUCCCACCUGGAAGAGCCCGCCGGGUCCGCCAGCGACGCCACGACAUCCAUAGUGUUCCUGGCCGCUGGCUGCUCCAUGCAACUGCAGUUGGAUGGCAUCAACCUGCUGCUGGAGCCAGAUCCCACCUCGGUCCUGGAAGUGUCGCUCCCUGAACACACCAUCAUCCUGGUGCCUGAGGGCCUCCAGGAUUCCUACCAUCUUGGGCAGCCUGGGUUCUUGUCCGCCAGCCCGCAGGGGGGCGCUGUCCUGGAAAUGCCAGAGGACGACCUCCUAGUCCUACAGCCAGGAUCCUUCUGUGAGUACAUUCUAGAAAGUUCCUACCAAGAGGACCCCUGUGAUGAGGAUGUGGACUCUGGCUGCCUGUCACUCUGGAUGGAUCCUCCAGCUGGUCAGGCAAGUGAGCACCUUUCCUCCACCAACAGGAUGCCCAGUCCUUGGCCUCAGGGCCACAUCCCAGAACCAUAUCCUUCGGGGCCUUCCCCAAAUGCAGAGCCAUAUUCUCCAAGGUCUAUCUGGGACCAGGACAGCUACCUGUUGGGACCCUUCCUCAGCUCACCCCUGCAACCUCUGCCUCAAUCUCCUCCUCCAAGUCCCCAAGAACAGCGACCUCCAUCCUCUCCGCGGGCCCCGUGCAAGGCCAGGAAGAGACUGUUCUGUCAAUAAACUGUGCUGCACAAAUCCUGAUGCCCCUCAAGUGAGAGAUUGACUUCCCAAU